AUGCCACCUUGGUUUCUGCUAUUGAUCUGUGGUGCUGCACAAUUUUCUGUUAACAAUAUAGUUUUCUCUUUACAACUAGAUGAAAUGCUGGCUCUACCCUGUGAACCUGCUGGAAUCUCUGAUGUGAGCUUGAAGACACGGCCCCCAGGAGGAUGGGUGAUGGAGGGAAACAAGCUGGUCCUCAUCUGCUCGGUUGAUAGAGUCAAUGGGAAUAUAACUUACCUCUGGUACAGAGGGGCCCUGGGUUUCCAUCUGGAAACAAAGACACAGCCUGCACUAACAGCAGAGUUUGAGAUCAGUGAAAUGAAGCAGAGCGAUGCUGAUCAGUAUUACUGUGCGGCUAACGAUGGCCAAGGCCCUGUCCCCAGUGAGCUGGUGAGCAUUCACGUCAGAGUUCCAGUGUCUCGCCCUGUCCUGACGUUUGGGGACUCUGGAACCCAGGCUGUGCUAGGGGACCUAGUAGAGCUUCACUGUAAGGCCCCAAGAGGCUCACCCCCAAUCUUCUACCAGUUUUAUCAUGAAAGCACCAUUCUGGGGAACAGUUCAGCCCCCUCUGGAGGAGGAGCAUCCUUCAACUUCUCCCUGACUGCAGAACAUUCUGGAAACUUCUCCUGUGAGGCCAGCAAUGGCGAGGGUGCCCAACGAAGUGAGGUGGUGGCGCUCAACUUAACAGGUCUCUCCUUGGUGCCUACUGAGAAUGGAAUCAGCCACCUCUCCUUAGGACUCACUGGGUGGCUGGCUGGCUGUCUCGGCCCCAUCACCAUGGCCCUAAUAUUUUGCUACUGGAUCAAGAGAAAAAUAGGAAGACAGUCAGAGGAUCCACUCAGGAGCCCUCCUCAGACUGUGCUCCAAGAACCCACCUACCCUAACUUGCCCGACCCAAGGCAGCCAGAGCCCCUGUAUGAGAACGUGAACGUUGUAAGUGGCGAUGACGUUUAUUCUCUGGUGUACCACACUCAGCAGGUGCUGGAACCAGCAGCCGCUCAGCAUGUGAGGACACAUGGAGCGAGUGAGACUUACCCUCCGUCUUCUCUUCUUUGGUCCUUUCAGGUCUCCUCUGGAAUCUAUUCUAAGCCAAGGAUAAACAUUGGGUAUAUGGACUAUGAAGACACCAUGUAG